AUGUCGGGUUCUUGUGAGGAAUAUUUAAACGAGCGCUCAUCUACUGGCUCUUCUGAGGCUAGCCCGUCAGUGCAGGCUGCCGAUUUGCCUAAUUCCAGAGUCUCGGCAGAAUCGUCUAGGCUUCAUAGACGAAGUAGGAGAGUACAGUCGCGGAAUCGUUCUCCGGAACCUAGGGUUGACCCGGAAUUUCUUGUGUCUUCCGGAGUUCCGGUCAAACCAGAGGCGGACGAUCCUAGUCCUGAUCGAGUGGGCUGCCCUGAUUCGCCUCACUCUCGCGAUGAAGCCAGAUCUGCUCAUUCGUCCAACAUUGUCUCUCUUGACGACGAGAUCGAGAUUGGUGAAGGGACUGAUUAUCUGGACGCGCCUUUUGACUCGGAGAAGUCACUCUGUGAUGCCGAUUCUCUCUCUGCUAUGACUGACUUUUGUAAUUCUCCCCGGCGCGUUUAUGUUGUAUGUCCGACUCCUGAGGAGCGUGUAUUUAAGUGCCCUGAUGGGUAUAUUAGUUUAUACGAACCGUUUUUUACAAAGGAAGGCCUUCGUUUCCUGAUUCCAGCCUUCCUGAUGGAAUAUUGUUGGCGCCGUCAGAUUGCCAUUACGCAGCUCACCGUUCAUACAAUCCGUAACAUGGUCGGUCUUAAACACCUUGCUGACCAAUGCGGGAUCAAUCUGACUGCUUAUUUUGUCGAGGACAUGAUGCGUUUCACUAGGCAGAAGGGGUUUAACGGAAUUUGGUAUGCUAGUGCGACGCCCGGAUAUAAGCUGAUGGACCAUCCGCCGUCGAAAACCCACACCGGACUGAACAGAUAUUUCUACGCUAAGGUUGACGAUGCCCUGGUAGAGGAUACGUCAAUAGGUUUUAAGACUGAGUGGAAUUUGUCCCAUGAUUUGGUUGAUAAGUCUGCCGAUCCACCGACUCCAGAUUUCUUUGAGGUUAACGAUCUUUUAAGGAGGCAAACGGUUCUUGACUGGAGGACUAUUCCGCAGCUAGACCAAACUAGGGGCAGGAAACCAUCAAAAGGAGGUUCGAGUCAAGCAAAGAUGGUGAAAAUGGGUGUUCCCAAGUACUCCGGCAGGCCAGUCUCGAAAAAGAAGAAUGCCGCGGAAGAGAAGGAACUGCAGUUGGCUCUGAAGAGGAGUAUGGUUGACCACUCGUCCAUUCAGAGUUCUCACGUUGGAGGUGCCUCGGGUAGCCGAUCUUCAGAUGGUAACAAGUCUUCGCGGGACAAGGGGAAGAUCACUGACGCUGUUCGGCGAGAUAAGGAUAUUGUCCCUAUCGAUCUCAUGGUUGAAAAGGAUCGCUCUUCGGCAAAGAGGUUCCGGCUAGUUUUGAUGGGGUCGUUGUGUUUAAAAGGCCUAGGACCUCCUCGCUGGAUCCGAAGGACAAGGGUGUCCAACCUUCCUACUCUCUCCACUUCUGUUAUGUGA